CUUACCAAAAUUAUCCUCUUGAAAUCAUUAAACAGUUUGGUGAUUUGGCUAAAAAUCAGCCAUGGUUAAUUUUCAAUUAAGCCAUCGCAUGCGUUGGGAUAGUGCUUGUCAGCUGGGAAGAACAUAAUGCUUAUCUGCUGGGAAUCGGCGGUUUACAAUGUCUAGAUGUGCUCAGAGUAUUGGGUUUAGGCUAGUAGCUCAAACAGUUUUAGCCCAAAGCUCUUACUCUUGGGUUGGCCCAUCCUCAUGAAUCAAAGUAUUUGACUUAGAAUUUCCAAAAUCCAGUGAAGCAUAUCGGCAACCAGUAUCCUUUCCGCUUGGUUUUGGGCGAUUAGCGUCAGCAUAGUGUAUGAAUGGAGUCAGGGGCGAAGGAGGAAGAGAAGGUGAUGGGAUACAACAGCAGAAACGUGAAGAAAGCGGCGUUACAUUCAACAUUGACCGCACUCCUUGACGAUCCAAUUCUCGCCGAUGUCCCUAAGAAACCCAGUUUGUCCGAUGUCGAUACCCUAAUGAACCUUGAAUUGGGGAGUGCCAUGUGUAUCUCUAUCCUGAAAUUAGAUGGAACUUCCUUCGAUGUUGCGGUGAUGAAUUCAGCCACGAUGAAAGACUUGAAGCUCGCAAUCAAGAAGAAAGUGAUCGAGUUAGAGCAAUCCAAGAUGGGUCAUCGACACAUUUCAUGGAGGCACGUUUGGGCUAAUUUCUGCCUAGCACACCACAAUGAGAAGCUCCUUGAUGAUGGCGCUGCACUUCAGGAUUUUGGUGUUAGAAAUAAUUCUCAGGUACAUUUUUUACCCUAUGUUGUCUCAAAAGGUUCUGGGAGACAUUCUAAGAGGAGAAAACACCGCUUCUUCCUUGGCCUGAACAAGCAAUCAUGAUGACAUUCAAUCAUUGAGGCAUCCUGUUUUCUGAGCCAACUCAUUCCACAAAUUCAAUGUUCCAUAGCAGAGUAAAUGUGGUACAAGUACAUUAAUUUCUAGUUGACAUUUUAAAUAAAUUUUAAAGCUCUUCUAAUACUAAAUUAUUAAUAAAAUUAGCUUUAUCAUAUCUCGGAUUCUCAAAACCAAAUACAUUAAUCACGUCAUCAUCUCCAAAAGUACACAACAAAGGCAAUAACAAGAAGGAAUUACAGCAAAUCCCUCAUAGAGUUCAACAAUAAGAGUAGCAUGUAGGAAAAGGCGAGCAAACAGAGCAAGGCUGUAUCAACUGCUGUGCUUCUGCAUAUCAACUACCUUUUUCCAGGAAUCACGGCUGGAAAUCUCAGCCCACCACCUCCCUACAUUUUUCUUGGAAG